GUUACCCUCGUAGUGUAGUGAGUCGAGAGAGCGAGCGGGAGAGAGAGAGAUACAGAGAGAGAGAGAGCGCGAGAGAGUGUGUCGCUUCCGGCUUCAAGCACCCAGACAAACAGCGCUUUACUACGAACGGAGAGGUGUCGAGCGGCACGCGUGACAACAGAAACCUCCCCAAAACUAUUAGUCCGGACGACAAACUGUGAACGGACUCCGGUCGUUUGGUGCCAAACUUUACCCGAACUACACAGAAAGAGAAAGCCGAGCCUGCUACCGAAAGAGAAAGACAUUUCGAAGUCCCCUUCUUCUGUGGAGGAGGAUUCUUUUUUUUGGUGGAAGAAGAAGAAGAAGAAGAAGCAGAAGGGAAAAAAGGAGCGACCGGCUGCAGCGUCGACUGAGGAGACGGUAAUAACACACAGUGUUUGGAGCCGUGUGUUUGUUUGUUCUGGCGGGGUUUGGGGUGAAACACUGAGGAGCAAUAAACGCGUCCUGGAGAAGCCUUGAGACCUGCGAGCGGAGCGUCUCCUUGCCGCCGCUGCUGCCUGAAUGCAGAGGAAACACUGACAGUUGUUCUCCGGGCCUCCCUGCGGUUCUAGGGGAGAUUUGUCAGAUGUGUGCCCAGCACUCUAAGCCCCUGGCCUGGCUGCGGGGAUGGCAGCCUCUGCCCUGAACCUGAACGGCCUCGGAGUCAUGAACAGUAGCAACCAGUUUCACAGCCAGCCAGGAUCCUCUAGUAGCACCGUUCGAGCUCGAACCAGCCCGGUCGCCAGACCUGUGCUGCCAGUUCCAGAUCGGAGCACCUACUGCCAGUUACUGGGUGGGGGAGCACUGGGUGGAGGUCAUUACAGCCCAACCAGCCCUAAGACAAGCCCGCACGGCCUCCGUCAAAUCUUCGAAUUCCCACCCCCGGCCUUGCUCUCUCCCAGCCCCACCCCUCGCGCCCGCUCCCCCUCCCCGCGCAGUCCGGAGCUUCUAGGAGUCAAUGUGGGCCAGCGGGUCCGACGCCUGAGCUCAUCUGGCGGUGAGGACAGAGGGGAAGGAGACGGGCAGGAGGAGAGAGGAGGAGAGGCAGGAGCGGCAGAGCGGCGCGAGGAGAAGAGACGCCAGGCACAGCUGCUGCAGAUCCACAGAGAGCUGCAGAACGUUGAGGUCAGGGGGAAAGUGGGCAUUUUUGAGGCACACAUUUCCGGGAUCCGGGCACAGGUGCUUAACACUGAGCUCCAGCGCAGCCCUCGGGCUCCAAGACGAGCAACAAGUGAGACCCCUUCCCAUUCCGGCAAAGGAAGUGCAGCUAGUGAAUGCUCCAAGACCAAGCCACAAGAGAGUCAAGUUCCCUCAGUUGUUCAAAAUGGAAGAGAAAGAGUUGAAGAAGUAACAGAAAGGAGAGACAGUAGAUCCACUAAAAUGGACACAGAUAAUAAAACACUGAUUGGCCACAAUGGCCGCCACUCUGACACGACAAUGCAAACCCCCUCUACAGAUGGACUGUUUGUUGUUCACAAUUCUCUUGAGACAUUUAACACAGAUGAAACGACAAAACGAGAUGAAAGGCUGAGAGAAAGGGAGGGAGAACGGACAGAGAGAGAAGCGAGAGAUGCGCCGGAGAAAAGCUUGUGUCCUGCGAUGCCGCUUCCAGCAGCGGCAAACAGGUCAGAGGUCAACGCAGAACACCCCGAUUCAUCCCAGGCACAAAGCAGGGACGGCCCCCAGUGUUCGGCGGAGACCUCCAAACACUGUCCCUCCAUCCCUGCAGUCAUAAUAACCGAACAUAAUCUGGAAAGCCAGCUUCCAACCUCUGAAGGCCAAGGGGCUGAGCAGCCGUUCACCCCCAGCCCCAGCUCCAGCCCCGUCCCCGGGCCCAACUCCUCCACGCGCUCCCUCAGGAAGCUGUCGUCCUCCUCUGCGUCCUCGGCCGGGUUCUCCUCAUCGUGGGAGGAGUCAGAGGAGGACAUCUCCAGCGACACAGAGAAGGGGGAGCACCUUCUCAACCCUGCCGCCCUUAGUUCUCAGCAGAAAGCACACAAGUCAUGGAAGAAAAUAAAGAACAUGGUCCACUGGUCACCGUUUGUCAUGUCCUUCAAGAAGAAAUAUCCCUGGAUACAACUGGCUGGGCAUGCAGGGAGCUUCAAGGCAGGGGCCAACGGCCGCAUAUUAAAAAAACACUGUGAAUGUGAGCAGCGCUGUUUGUCCCUCCUGAUGACGGACGUGCUGCAGCCCUACGUCCCCGGUUACCAUGGCGACGUGGAGAAGGACGGACAGAAAUACAACCAGAUGGAGGAUCUGCUGGCGGAGUUCGACUGCCCGUGCGUGAUGGACUGUAAGAUGGGAGUUAGGACCUACCUUGAGGAAGAGCUGACUAAGGCUCGUAAGAAGCCCUCCCCACGACCCGACAUGUACCAGAAAAUGAUUGAGGUGGACCCCAGUGCGCCCACGUUGGAGGAAAACGACCAGAAGGCAGUGACCAAACCCAGAUACAUGCAGUGGAGAGAGACCAUAAGCUCGACAGCCACCCUGGGCUUUAGGAUCGAGGGAGUCAAGAAGGAGGAUGGGACCGUGAACAGAGAUUUUAAGAAGACAAAGACGAGAGAGCAAGUCACUGCAGCCUUUGGUGAUUUUGUCAAAGGAAAUAAGGACGUACUGAACUGUUAUCUAAGCAGGCUAAAGGAAAUCAGAGGCACUCUGGAGCUCUCCCCUUUCUUCAAAACGCACGAGGUGAUCGGCAGCUCCUUGUUAUUCGUUCACGACAGCAAGGGACGCGCCAAAGUGUGGAUGAUCGACUUUGGGAAAACCACGCCCCUCCCCGCGGGAGAGGAACUCACCCACCGGGCCUCGUGGCUGGAAGGCAACAGAGAGGACGGCUACCUGUUUGGACUCGACAGUUUGGUGGACAUCAUUUCCUCAAUGGUGGAUUCUCAGACUUGAAGGACUGGCUGUUUUUUCAUCCAAAAGGACAUUUGGACUCACAACAACCGCUUCCAUUCAUUCUUCCUUUUCUCCUGGGAACACGUCCGACUUCCUCAAGGACGAUUGUCCUCAUCAUCCCAUAACAAUCCGUGGCCGAGUCACUGGCAGACACGGCCUCUUUAUUUAUAUCCCGUGAAGAUUCUCCAUCUAGUUCUUCCCCAUUCAUAGCAUUCCUCUGUCGCUCUUCCCAUAAGCCUUCUUCUCAGCAGACAGAUUAACUUGUCACAGCAAGAAAUAACACAACUGAAACUAAUUACAACUGAAAGUGUCAUAGAGCAGUUUAAAAGCAUGACAUUAAUGUUUCCUAUUCUGAACAAAUAUCCUGAAAGGAUCAGAUCAGAUACUUUUACACUCCCUCAGUCUGUUGGUCUUCAAGCCCCUCAGUAUGUGUGCUACCUGGCUCAAUUCCUGUUUGGCUUUGGUCUUUUCCGGUGUUUUGUUCAGAAUAAGACUCGGAGGCCUCUUUUUGUGGGAGAAAAAACUUGUCUUAUGUGUGUGAAGGUCCAGGUGAGGUUACCUGGACGUUUCCUGCUGAGUCCACGUGACCUCAUCAGCACAUAAGCACAUUUCUUCAUCUGAAACGUACCUGCACUCAGCAGCACAUCCACUAUCGGAGAUUGUACAGAGUGUGGUUUUACUAUUCAAAACAGAGGUUUAGUUGUGUUUACAGUGGAAAACAAAACUAGUGUCUCAUCUCUUUUUCACUUCUGUUUCACCAGUCACUCAAAGCCAUGGACAAAACUACACGCUGGGAGUUGAGAUUUCCACCGGCCACCAUGUUUGCGCGACAAUAUUCUGGCCAUAACUGGCAGUUAGAUGGAGCCGAAUAAUACAUCUCAGAGCAGACUGUUGUGGAGAGCAUUGCUUCACACGUAACACAGCUAACAAGGGGUCCAUAAUGCUUUCAAGGCCAAACACUUACUCUUUGUGGGGAUUGUUCACGAUGUACAGUAAGAUUUAUUAUGUUUGAUGUAGAUUUUCAUUUUAACGUUAUUCUACUCAAACCCUGUGGAACACUUACAGCCAUGAACAAUUUUAUUUAAGCUAUAGAGUGCCUUGACGGUAUGAAGCCAAGUCAGACAACUGAAAAUAUGUUUCUACUUAUUACUGUUCUCUUAGUUUUAACUGUCGGUUCAUAUACUUAGGCUCACAUGGGUGCAUGUUUAUUAACCUCUUAAAGUUUGGGGCGGAAACUGUAGUUUAAGUUUGAAUUUUAUUUAUAACAUUAUACUAUGUUUUUUGUUUUUUUAGUUAAUGGGAUACUGUGACAUUUUUGAAUUCUUGGCUGUUACGUUGUUUAGCUCUCAAGCACGUGUUACAGUGUGAGUGGAGGUCAAACUGUGGGUCCAGCCGCUGACACUCACACCGUUGGAUCUGGCUGCAGAGACGACAGGUCGCGUUCAGAUAACGACGCCCGUUUAUUUUAAAUGGCGCCGCAUACAGUCACUUUGAAACUGGUCGAGCAGAAAGCAAAACCGUCUCAUAAUGUAACAGGAUCUUGAUGAACAAUAAAAACUAAACGGUG